CCAUACGGCAGCAUGGCGCUGUUGAGCUCACUUCCCUCGACUACCGGAGCUGUUGUAAUACUGUCAUCCUGACAGCUACACUUUCAGCUGAAGUAAUACAUCGUAUUUAUACAGCAAACCAAAAACAAAUGUCGGGAGGCGUGAGAAAGAGGUUCGCUGAAGGUUACAUUAGUCUGUUAGUGUGGUAAAGGUUAUUUAGCGGUAGCGGUAGCUGGCUAAAGUAGUUCAGCACAGCUUUGUUUACAUUGCCAGUUCGGUUCAAGCAGCUUUCAUAGAGGCUUUAUAGCAGCAUAUAAACGCUGUUAGACUGUUAGAGACAUCAUCUCAGCGGCCUGGCUCCUCAUAGGUGCUCAAGGUUACUCUGAUUUGGCUGAAAAGGGUUUUAUUUGUGCCUGUGCUUCAUUGAACAUCAGUAUGGGGAUGUGUUUACCCUGUCUGAGUGGAGCUGAGGAUGUGGUAGUCACACCAGACCCCGACACAAGGAGAAGACAGCUAGCAGAGGCUGCAGAGAAGAGACAGAAAGAGACCACCUACAGAGGUAUCAAAAACCCAGAAGCCUUGGAGAGGAAAAAGAAGAAACAAGAAGAUACGGAGAAACAGACAUUGAACUCUGUACCUUCUGGAGGCGGCGGGCUAAAGUGGCAGGUUGGCUAACACAGGCUGAAGGGAAGAUCGCUGGUGUGUCUACAUCGGGGGUCAACCUUCAUCUGCAGUAUUUCCCGCUGACUUGAGAGAUUCUUAAAACUCUUCAUUCUUUCGGUUCUUAUUUUGAAGUGUACACUAGCCAGGGGAGUUUGCAUAGAGACUAGAAUUUUUGCCAAGCUCCUGCACAAAACUCCUCAUCCUCCAGGCCUUCUGAUUGGCCAGAGUGCAUUCAGGCCACACCCCUUUAAAUGAGCUAGCCAGUGGUUUUAUGGGACUUAAGCAAUUCAUGUUUUUUUUUUCUUUUCUUUUUUCCCACAACCAGUUCAGUUUGUGUUCAUGCAUCAUUUCACACACGCAGCUUUUGUACCGAUGUGCUUUCUAUUUUUAACAUUAAUAGAAUCCUCAAAACUGAGAUCUGAAUGUCAUUUUAAUACACAUUUAUACAAAUGAAAAAACAGCUUUUAUAUUGGAUUUUGGAUAAUUUAAUAUAUAUUUAGCCAUUUAUAUUUAUGCAUCAGUUACCGGCGUGUUUUGGUUGUAAGCUCAUAGUGCAUUUUGCGAUUGGUCCGAACUUGACGUAUAAUAAUAAUGGAUAUUAUGUCAGUUAGCACUUUCACUGCCUGUUGAUUGUAUGACUUGCUGUUCUUAUGAACCGAAUUGAAUGUGCAUCACUUUAUCUUAUCAGACGCAGGGCUUCGGUUGUCUUCAGUUAAGAAAAUCUUAACUUACCGCAUUUAAACUCAACAUCCAUGUGUCUGGGCCAUGCAGCAGUGACUGUAGCAGCCUGAGCUAUAGUGGGUGGUGUGGAAUAUAUUGUAUAUAUUGAAACUCAUCAUAUUGCCUUUAAUGCAUUUCUUUUAUGUUAUGCUCAUGAGUUGUUUCCUCUGCCUACAGCUACUCACUCAAUGCUCGUGGCAGCGAAACAGAUUUGAACCAAGUAAUCAACUGAUAUAUCUUUCCAGGUUUCAUUCAGUAUGGGUUAUCAACAUACAGACACUGUAUAACAAUAAUACAAUAAAUCAGAAAAAGUAUUGCAAUGUUCAUGUUUACCAGUAGAGGGCAGCAGAACACUUUCGGAAUUAGGGAUCAGGACCUGUUUUAGAAGCACAUCUGCAAAGAGUCAUUGCUUAAAUAAAGAUUGUGUUUGAUUGAACAACCAAGCAUUUGUUACAAAACUGAUACAUUUCCUUUGCUUUGUAACUGAUGAACUCUGGCCUCUUAUUAUUAUACUGCAAAUAACACAGUGCUCACUUUGUUAGUUACACCUCGAUUCAGCAAGGUGCUUGAAAAGAUCCUUACAAAUUCUGGAGAUUACACUGAAGUGAUGUUACAAGUUUUCUUUUCUUCCAGAGAUUGAUGUGAUGGUCAUCCAGACAUGUUCUUCUGCUUUACACUGUUGUGAUCCAAGGUCUGGCCAUUCUCCCUUGACCUUAUACAGAACUGUCGCUCACUGGGUGAUCCCAGGAGAUCAGCAGUUUCUCAUAUUCCAACCACUGUUCUACUGUCAUAGUCACUUCCAUCACAUUUCUUCCUGUUCUGAUGUUUGGGAUGAACAGUGUUGGGGAAAGUUACUUUUAAAACUAAUGCAUUACAAUAUUGCAUUACUUAGUUACUUUUAAUGGAAAGUAAUGCACUACUUUUUGUCUCAUGGGCCCGGCUUGCUUCUUAACACAAAAGUUAGAUUUUUGCCAACUGUAAUGGCCUUUCACGCCAAAAAUCAAAUUAAAGAAAGUGCCGCUGCCUCUCACUCACAAUUUCUCUCAACACGAGACAGGAGAGAUGUCAAUGAAUAAAUAGGAAAACUAAGUAACUUGCACUACUUAUCUGAAAAAGUAACUUCUAAAGUAAUGCAUUCCUUUACUAGUUAUGUGAAAAAGUAAUCUGAUUAUGUAACUCGCUUUACUUGUAAUGCGUCACCCCCAACACUGCAUGAACAUAUUACAUUCUCCAACACAGCAAGGUCAGCACAGUAUAAUACAAUAAAUGUCAGAAAGUAUAUCAUGACAUCAACAGAACAUAAUAAUACUCCCAUAAAAAGUCAUUAAUAUUGUUAGUAUAGGAAGCACUAAAAAGAAUAGCCACCAGGGUAGAAGUACAUACUUGAAUUCAUCCAGCGAUUUCAUUCCAUAUAGACACUAUUGAAUGUAAAAUGUUAUUAUGCAAUUUAUAUUUAAUCAAUUAAACAAUAAGAGGUUAAAAAGAAAUGUAAGAAAUAAAACAGCCUUGUUUCUGGAUUCCAGUUCCAGUUCAGUAUCUUUGUUAUGCACAAACUAACUGAUCUACACUGUUAUUUAUGUAUUAUGAUUUGUUUUUCUGUUUUAAAUUUUUAGUUCUAGAAGCCAGUAGAAGUCCAUGUGUCCUUGUGUCAUCUACAAAGGCU